ACAAACAGGCGCCGGACGCGGAGCCGCCAGGAAGCGCGGGAGGGGGGGCGGGCCCGAGGGGGGGCCGGGCCGCCUGGUAACCCCUCCCUGUCCGGGCCUUGCCGCUCAGUACGGGGGCGGGGCUAGCCGGCUGACCCCCUGGCCUACUCCCGGCCUCCGGCUCCAGGCCCUUGCCGGAUCCCCGCCCCCGGAUUCCCAGGGGACGGGGGAGGGAGCGCCCGCCCCGAGGUCUCCGCCCCCCAGCCCCUAACCCCUCAGGGUUGAGCGGACCAACCCCACCACUUCCGCGAGGGACAGGGGCGGGGUCACAAAACGGGCCCUCGGCCUAAGGGCGGAGUUUCUCCUCAGGGGCAAGGCCAAGGCAUCCUGUAUUGGGGCUGACAGGGCGGCGGGUUAUUAGGGCUGAGGAUGGGAGGAUGCUCAGGGUAUUGGGGUCAGGGUGGCAUUAGCCCAGCUCAAGCCGGGCCGGGCUGACUCAGCAUCCUGCCCCAGCCAGCUUCCAUCCCCGACACCUCUGCACUCCCUUGGGCAGAGAUGGGAGAUGGCGCCGGUGUUGCCCCUGGUGCUGCCCCUGCAGCCCCGCAUCCGCCUGGCACAAGGGCUCUGGCUCCUCUCUUGGCUGCUGGCGCUGGCUGGUGGCCUCAUCCUCCUCUGUAGCGGGCACCUCCUGGUCCAGCUAAGGCACCUUGGCACCUUCCUGGCUCCCUCCUGUCAGUUCCCUGUCCUGCCCCAGGCUGCCCUGGCAGCGGGCGCGGUGGCUCUGGGCACAGGACUAGUGGGUAUAGGAGCCAGCCGGGCAAGUCUGAAUGCAGCUCUAUACCCUCCCUGGCGAGGGGUCCUGGGCCCCCUGCUGGUAGCUGGCACGGCUGGUGGGGGGGGGCUCCUGGUCGUCGCCCUCGGGCUAGCCCUGGCUUUGCCUGGGAGUCUGGAUGAGGCGCUGGAGGAGGGUCUGGUGACUGCCUUGGCUCACUACAAGGACACAGAGGUGCCUGGGCACUGUCAGGCCAAAAGGCUGGUGGAUGAGCUGCAACUGAGGUACCACUGCUGCGGGCGCCACGGGUACAAGGAUUGGUUUGGGGUCCAGUGGGUCAGCAGCCGUUACCUGGACCCCAGUGACGAGGACGUGGUUGACCGGAUCCAGAGCAAUGUGGAAGGCCUAUACCUGACUGAUGGGGUCCCUUUCUCCUGUUGCAACCCCCACUCACCCCGGCCUUGCCUGCAAAACCGUCUUUCAGACUCCUACGCCCACCCCCUGUUCGAUCCCCGACAACCCAACCAAAACCUCUGGGCCCAAGGGUGCCAUGAGGUGCUGCUGGAGCACUUGCAGGACUUGGCAGGCACACUGGGCAGCAUGCUGGCUGUCACCUUCCUACUGCAGGCUCUGGUGCUCCUCGGCCUGCGGUACCUGCAAACAGCACUGGAGGGGCUGGGAGGGGUCAUUGAUGGGGAAGGAGAGACCCAGGGCUAUCUCUUUCCCGGUGGGCUGAAAGAUAUGCUGAAAACAGCAUGGCUACAGGGAGGGGUUGCCUGCAGGCCAGCACCUGAGGAGGCCCCACCAAGAGAGGCACCUCCCAAGGAGGAUCUAUCUGAGGCCUAGAGGCCUGGAGCUUGGGAUGAGGAAGAGGGAGGGAUGGACAAGUCUGGAAACCUCACAGCUCCUUACCAAGGCUCCAGGUUGGGGGGAUCGUGGGAUUAGAGGGGCUAAGGAUAGUCAGCGAGCUGGACUAGGGUAAGAAAGAAAACCAGAUGUCCUAGGGCCUAGCCCUUGUAGCCAGAACCACCAGGGAACAGCAAAGAACAGAGUGAUGGGAAAGUGACAUGAGAAGGCCUGGAGGCUGAUUCUGAUAUAAACUCAAUAAAGUUUUUGGAUGGAAGCAA